AGCAUGCCCCGCGGAGGGACGGCGCCUCGGGGCGCAGGAUCGCGCUAAUACUCGCGAUGGUUGGAUCUACCUCCUCUCGGCGGUCCAGGAGACGUUCGUAGUCAGAGGUGGGGCAGGAGGCGGCAGUUUCAGGCGGGCCAGGGCGGGGCUGAAGCUACAGCGGAGGCGGAAGCUGUGGCCUGUGGGGCGGGGAAGGGGGCUGGCCCCAGAAGGAGGAGGAAACCCUGAAAAGAAAACAGCAACCGGCUGAGCUGCUGUGACAGAGGGAAACAAAAUGGCGGCGCCGAAGGGGAGUCUCUGGGUCAGGGCCCAACUGGGGCUCCCGCCGCUGUUGCUGCUGACCAUGGCCCUGGCUGGAGGCUCGGGGACCGUUUCGGCUGAAGCGUUUGACUCAGUCUUGGGUGAUACGGCGUCUUGCCACCGGGCCUGUCAAUUGACCUACCCCUUGCACACCUACCCCAAGGAAGAGGAGUUGUAUGCAUGUCAGAGAGGUUGCCGGCUGUUUUCAAUUUGUCAGUUUGUGGAUGAUGGAAUUGAUUUAAAUCGGACCAAAUUGGAAUGUGAAUCUGCAUGUACAGAAGCAUAUUCCCAAUCCGAUGAGCAAUAUGCUUGCCAUCUUGGUUGCCAGAAUCAGCUGCCAUUCGCUGAAUUGAGACAAGAACAACUUAUGUCUCUGAUGCCAAAAAUGCAUCUACUGUUCCCUCUAACUCUGGUGAGGUCAUUCUGGAGUGACAUGAUGGACUCUGCACAAAGCUUCAUCACCUCUUCCUGGACUUUUUAUCUUCAAGCUGAUGAUGGAAAGAUAGUUAUAUUCCAGUCUAAGCCAGAAAUUCAGUAUGCACCACAUUUGGAGCAGGAGCCUACAGAUUUGAGAGAAUCAUCUCUAAGCAAAAUGUCCUUAGAUCUGCAAAUGAGAAGUUCACAGGCACACAGGAACUAUCUUGAAGAUGGAGAAAGUGAUGGCUUUUUAAGAUGCCUCUCUCUUAACUCUGGGUGGAUUUUAACUACAACUCUUGUCCUCUCGGUGAUGGUAUUGCUCUGGAUUUGUUGUGCAACUGUUGCUACAGCUGUGGAGCAGUAUGUUCCCUCUGAGAAGCUGAGUAUCUAUGGUGACUUGGAAUUUGUGAAUGAACAAAAGCUAAACAGAUAUCCAGCUUCUUCUCUGGUGGUUGUUAGAUCUAAGACUGAAGAUCAUGAAGAAGCAGGACCUCUACCUACAAAAGUGAAUCUUGCUCAUUCAGAAAUUUAAGCUUUUUUUUUUUUUUAAGAAAAAUGUAAUAGACAUCUAAAUUUUCAUUCCUCAUAGAGCUCUUUGAAAUUAUUUCAUUGGAUAUAGGCCUUAAGAAAUCACUACAAAAUGCAAAUAAAGUUACCCCAAUCUGUGAAGACUGUUUUUGCUAUAACAUUACCUGUAUUUUUUUUUUCUAGUAAUUUAAGAGCUGGAUGUUUGGGAUUGUAUUUUUAUUUUACUAAUAUCUGUAGCUACUGUAAUUGUUAUUUGCUUUUUUUUUUUUUUUUUACUUUCUUAGCCAAAUUCCAUAAGCUGAUCAUUGUUCUUCCUUACCUCCUAUCAUGAGACUGUCAAUUACCUUAGUUAAUCAGCUGAAUACUUAGUAGGAUAUAAUGCUUCUGCCCAGAAAUGGUCCACAAACCUGUAAUUUGAAAUUUAGCAGGCAAUGUCCUUUAAUGACACUACAUUUUCAGUUAUAUUGAAAUGAAAUUAAAAUUUAUUUGCAUAAUUA